AAAUUUAUUUUAGGUUUUCGGAUCGUUGUGAUAUACUGUCUGUUAACUAUUUCCCGACUAAGUCAGAUUGUUUACAUAAAAUUACCGUAAUGAUAGAAUUUAUCAUUAAUUGCUUUUCAGUUUCUGACAUUCCAUCACAUGUAUAACCGGUCCUUUCUCAAGUAACACAUUUGAUGUCAGUGAUAUUAUUGGAUUUGCAACCUAGUUGAAUUCGAAUUGAUUUUUCAAUGUCCUAUUGCUAGUACGUGCUAGUGAUCUACAGUUUAAAAUAUCAAUAUUAAAAAUGUGGGCGCAAGGUAAUCAGUGGAACCAGAUACCUCUGGAUGCAGCCACAUAUCAAAAUAUGAAUCAUGAGCUCGUGGACUGGGCAUCUUUGGCGCAACAGUGGAUCAGGAUGAAGGAAGUUCAUGAAACUGUUGUUCUAAACGUUCCUGAAAUGUCACAAAAUAAUUUCCCCAGCAAUCUUAAUUCAUUACGGACAUUAUCAGGAGUGGAAUUGCAACCUUCAGAUUCUAGUGUAACAAGUGGGGAAGCACCUAUGGAUGUAGAAAAAGAAGAUGAAGUAAUGCCUUCUACACCUGAUUGGAGCUGGCCUUCUCAAUCUUCAAGCCAGCAAACUCAUAACUGGCCUUUACAGCAAGGAACUUAUGUUCCCAGACAUACAUUUCCCCAAGUUCCCACCAUUCAGGGAGCUGCAAAUCUUCCUGCAGCACUUGGUCCUCCCCAGACAUUCCUUUCAACGACUUCAUCUUCCUUGAAUUUUAAUCCGCGUGUUCCUCUUCUUCCACUGCCGUCCGUAAGACCAAAUAGCUCCGACGAAGACAGCCUUGGAGCUACGUCUUUUAACUCUUUGCAUACGUUGGAUGCAUCGAAGCGCAAGAAUUUACCUGCCUGGAUCCGAGAAGGUUUGGAAAAAAUGGAAAAGGAAAAACAAAAGAAAGAGGAACGCGAAAAAUUUCUCAUGGAGAGAGAAUUGAAGCGCAAAAAAGAAUUCGAAGCUAGAAAUCAAGGGGACUCGACAACAGUUAGGAGUCGUUUCGAUGAUUCGGAAGAGGAUGAAAAUGAUGCAGAUGAAGCAGAAGCUUCCCCUGAACAGUCAUUACCACCGGCAGUUGUAUCCAGCACAGCUACUCUUGAAGAGACGAUGGUGAGGAUUCGAAAAUUUAUGACCGAAAUAUUACUGGAAGUUACUACGGAAGAAAUUCGCUCAGCAGCUUUGGAAGCAUCCCAACAAGCAAAGGUCAAGAAUCGUCAAGCGCAGUCCCCUCUGUCUUCGAAAUCAUUGACCCGAAAACUUAUCGGUUUGGACCAAUAUGGCAGUGACAGUGGAAGCGAUGACAGCGAUCAGGAGAUAACUAAGGCGCAUCGGACAGGUGGAUUUGAGGACUCUGGAAUUCAACCUUUCCGCGGUAAGAACUACGAGAAGCAAGGUCGGAUAGGGGAAAGCCGGAUGGGGCGCGACGGAGAGGUCUCCCAGGUUGAAAUGGCUCAAUCUGCAAAGAUUUCACACUCAGUUGAGUUAGAACAAAAUGAGUGCAGUGGGAAUGACGUAAAUAAAAUACUGCAAGGUGGCACAAAGGUAGACACGGACAUCACUAAUAAACUUUCACAUGGUCUGAGCCACGUGGAAACGCUGAGUACGUCACAAAACUCGUCUGUGAAGAAUGAAAAGGUUUCUGAUUUCAAAAUUUCCGUGGUUAGGGAAUGUAGUAGUAGUGUGCCACAUAAAUCUCAGGAUCGAUCUAAUACAAGAACAAGUCGUUCUCGUCAAAGAUCGCGUACUCCCGAAAGAAGAAAACGCUCUCGUUCUAGGGACGAUCAGUAUUCUAGCCGACGAUCAAGAGACUACUACUCGUCAAAGAGCAAACGUCGAUCACGUUCUCGAGAACGAAAACGUUCUAAUAGUCGCCGCAGAUCUCGUGAUCGUAGGCGUUCUGUAAGUCGAAGAAGAUCGCGUUCUAAUGAUAGGAAGUCUAGUGGAAAUAAAGGAAAUGACAGAGCAAGUUCGAAAGAUAGGAGAAAUAGAAUUUAAGGUUAUCCAAAGAAUGUGAAUGUUUGGUGCGUAAGUAAUAAAUAUACUGGAAAUUCGUUGAGCAAUUAAAUAACCUUAUGUAAUAGGAAGUUAAUACAAUUCGAAAAUGU